AUGUGUUACUACAGCAGCUACUAUGGAGGCCUGGGCUAUGGCUAUGGAGGCCUAGGCUAUGGCUAUGGCUGUGGCUAUGGCUGUGGCUAUGGUGGCUAUGGAUAUGGCUGCUGUCGCCCACUGUGUUGUAGAAGAUACUGCUCCUAUGGUUUCUACUGA